UCAAAAUAAUCUUUAGGUAGUGGCCGGCGAAGUCGAACGCUUUUUAUUAUUUAUUUGGUUUAGAUUUUUUAGUGUUUUUUGUGUGGUUAUUUUGUAUAUGAGUAUUUAAGUGUGAAUUGUGCCAAAAUGGGUCUUGGAUUUGCAUUGACCUUUAUGUUCGUUUGUAGUUUAGUAGCCGGUCAAGAUUUAUACAAAGUAUGCAUCCCUGACACAAAGCCGACCGUCUGUCGGAGCGUUGACAAGGAUGGAAAGGUCCUCUGUACAAGUGUCGCUUCAAGGGUGGACUGUGCCCUGAAGCUGGCGCGGGGGGAGGCAGACAUCGGGGUGUUCUCUGAAGAGGAGCUGCUUCUGCUGGGUCAGCAGCAGCCGAAUGACCACAGGAUCGUGGCCACCAUCAAGGAUUUGAACAGACAAGAUCCCUACGCCUUCGAGGGUGUGGCUGUGGUGCCGUCAGUGUUCACUGGGGGGCUGGAGGGGCUCCGCAACGGGAACUACUGUCACCCUGGCCUGGACGAGACCGAGCUGCGCUGGUCACCCAGAGUCUUGAGGACUUUGGAGCAGAAGGUGGUCCGCACUGACCGCUGUCCAGACGUGGACACUAACGGCAAGACAGCCGCCGAGAUAGAAAUCGCUCAGCUCAGCCAGUUCUUCUCUGCAGCCUGCAGGCCAGGACCCUGGAGCCCGAGUUCCACUAUCGAUGCCAACUUGAAACGUGACAACGCCAAGCUCUGCUCCCUCUGCGGGUCAGACCCGGCCUCCUCCACCUGCGCCGGGUACACAUACGACAUGGGCGUCCAGCUGUCAGGAGUCAACAACAACAACCGCCACAUCCAGAGCCUGGAGUGUCUGACGAGGAACGCGGGGACGGCCACAGUCGCGUUUGUUGCGUGGCAACACGUGCGCGAGUAUUUCACGACCCGUCGUCCGGAGCUGAUGACCAGCUACUCGGUGCUCUGCGAGGACGGCACCACCAAGACCCUCACCAACGAGGCUCUGCUCGCCCCAGCCUCCCCCUGCUCCAUGGUCAAGCAGCCCUACGGAGCUAUUGUUGCUAACUCGGCACGUGCUGCAGCCGUGUCGAAGGAGCUGCAGGCAUGGUGGCCGAACGGUGCCAGCCCCGGCGGGAACAACUGGCAAGCCAUCCUGUUCGACGAGCUCGUCGGAGGCCCGGCCGCCAGAGCCGUCUUCGACGCUGACAUGCCCACUCCUGCUAACUACACUUCUGUGCGCGGUGUUGGAGACUACGACGCGACUACCUCCUGCAUGCCAGCCCGCCGUUGGUGCUCGACCUCUGACCACGAAUACACCAAGUGCCUGUGGACCCGCCGCGCUGCCUACACCCUUGGUCUGGAGCCAGUCAUCACGUGCCAGCAGAGGCACAACGUCUUUCAGUGCUUAGAAGACAUUAGGGACUCCAAGGCUGAUUUUAUCUCUGUGGAUUCUAACUACGGUUACAUCGCUAGACAACACUACUCCCUGAGUCCGGUAAAGCUGCUGCAGAACUCCCGCAACAUGCCCAACUCCAUGACUCGCAUCACGGCGCUGGUGAAGGAAACCUCGGCCCAGUCUGACGUCACUAGGUUCGAGAACCUUCGUGGAAAGAAAGCGUGCUUCCCUGAGUUUGGUGGCAUUGCCUACGUGACCUUCGUCCGUACUGCCCACGAGCGCGGCAUCAUCAGCGCUUCAGAGUGUGACUACGCCAAGUCUGUUGGAGAGUUCUUCGAUGGAGCCUGCGCUCCUGGAGCCAUUGACGCUGCUCACGCCAUCAACAAGGAUUCCGGCUUCGAUGCGACCACCCUCUGCUCAGUCUGCAAGCCACAGCCGUCCAGCAUCAUGGUCGUCAACCAGACCACGUGCGCGUGGGACUACACCAACCAGUACUUCGGUACCAACGGCACCCUCGCCUGCCUCGCUGACCCCGCCACCCACGUCGCUUUCUUGGAGACGCAGAAUAUUUCUGCUGACCUCCGCGCGCUGAACCUGCAAGAGAGCCAGUUCCGAGUGCUCUGCCGCAACAACACCCUGGCGGCAUACACCGGCAUCAAUGUUGACGACAACUGCCUGCUCGCGCUGCUGGUCGACGAAGAGGUCUUGGCAAGAAGGAACGACCCUCAAUUCAACAGCCUGACCACCCUUCUAGAGCUUCUGGACAAAUUCUUCGGCUACAACGCAGCAGUCUCCAACCAGCUCAUCAACUUGGAGAUCUUCUCUCCCUUCGACGGAGUCAACGACCUUCUCUUCAAGGAUUCCGCUAUAGGAUUGACAGAGCCUUCAGCCACCACUACUCAUGAGCCUGCGAAGAAUUACUUCGAGCUGUUCCAGCAUUUGGAGUCCUGCACGGGAGGCGCUCCAGGCUUGGCCAGCAAAAAGGGUGUCUGGUCUAUCUUGACUCUGAUCAUGGCUACUUUCGUUGCCGGGCUUAUGAUGUAGGUUAAAGCUAUUUUGGAGUCCUGAAUUGGUCUUGUAGAGGUAAGAAGUAGAAGUAAGAAGAUAUUUUUAUUACUUAAGCAUGUAAGUACCUAGUUCCAGUUUGGUUAAUACCUACAUAACUACUUAAUUUUGCAUAAAACUAUCCUAAUU